UCUUCACUUUCAUAAUCACUUUCUUCUGCCACACAGCACACAUCUAACAGCUUCCAGCUCUAUUCUAAAACAGAAGAUGUUAGUCGUUAUGCCAUUUUUAAUUAUUCUCCUGACAUCAGACUAUAGCAAAGGUGAAAUAGAGCUGCGUGCUGUCAAACACCAGACAGUGAAUUGCAAUGAGAGGACUGUCUUACAAUGCAGCGUCAGCUCAUCAAUGCCGUUGAACGUUGUUAAAGUCUACUGGAAAAAACUAAAUGAGAAUGAUUUUGAAUGUGAUCCAACAUCCAGCUAUAAUCCUCUAGGAUUUGAGUGCAACUACACAGGGGAAGCGCUGACAUUAACCAUCUCAAAUCCCACACCAGCAAACAUGGGCAUAUACUUUUGUUGCAUGCAGACAGACUCCGGACAUGGAGCAGAAAAAAUCAACGUGUCUGUAGGACAAUGCACCGGAGAAUUCUCCAACCAGAUGGCUGGACCCAAACAAAUGCAGUGCAGCUUCAAUGGUGUGUACCCAGAGGCCAUAAUAAACUGGUAUCAUUAUGACAAGAACCUAACUUCCAACUCUACAACCACAAGCCUGGAGAACUCCGAUGGAACGUUCAACGUCACAAGUGUCCUCAACAUCCAGGACGAUCAAAAGAGAUACAACUGCUCACUGUGGUCUCUCAAGCACGGACGAUACCUUGAUCAAGAGUUUGAAGUGGCAGAUCAUCCUGAUUUCAGCCCUGUUAGCAGGAUCAGCACACAGCAUUGCUUAUCAUGGACUCUUAUCCUUCUUAGCCUGAUGUUUACAUUGAGAGCCUGUUUGUCUUUAUAAUCUUUACAUGGUAGCUCAACCCAAAUAUCACAAGCCCUGAUGACAAAACCAAAGAUCCAAGAAGAAGAAGGUUCAUAAAUGGAAUUUGCAAGAUAAACUGAUCAUCUAAUCAAUAUAGUGGUAGAACUUCGCCAUGUGGUAGGUCUGGAUCAAAUUAAGGACCAGGGAAUACCUGAAGACAUGACCACUAGAUAUAGCACUGACAAUUGACCCACAACUUCUCUUUUACUGAUUCUUGACUGGAUUUAUUAACAAACCUCUCAAAUGAAAAACCCAAACUAUUUCAAACAGCAUUGACGCCCCAGUAAACUCAAAGCUGGCUGAAGGGAAGGUGAAAUCCUGCGAUUACAAAACAGCAACCGGUGAAAUAAGACUGAAAAUAAAUUAAAAAUGAACACUAUUUAUACAUGUGCGCUAACUAAAUCUGACUAUUCUAGUGAUUUUCACUGAUCCAUGUAUCCAAAUAUAUAAAACAUUUCCUACU